AAUAAUAAUAAUAAUAAUAAUAAUUUCAUUUCAUUUCUCCUACUUCUCGCCCAUUGUUGUGAUCCUUCUCCCGAGAUCGAGACGCUUCCUGCAAGAAAUUGGGAAAUUUGUUUGCUAGACAGUCUUAGAUCGCUUCGUCUUUCUCCUGCGAGAUUUAUAGUGAUUUUUACCAUUGUUCGUUGAUAUCUGGAAUCAUGAGCUUCGUUUUCCGAGGGAGUAGAGGAGACAUUGAGAGCGGGCUCCGAGACUUCAUCCCCGGGAGACGCGCUAUUCGUUGGCAUUCGGCAGCUCGACCAGUUCAUUCCAACUCGAUGACUUUCCUUGUUGCAGUUCUGUUGCUGUUUAUGAUACUCAAUUCGCAUCAAUUGUCGCCUAACUUUCUGCUUUGGCUGGCAUUGGGUGUGUUCUUGAUGGCCACGAGCCUUAGAAUGUAUGCUACUUGCCAGCAAAUGCAAGCGCAAGCGCAAGCUCAUGCUGCAGCGGCUAGUGGGUUGCUUGGACAUACUGAAUUGCGGCUACAUGUCCCUCCAUCGAUUGCCUUUGCCCCAAGAGGCCGAUUGCAGGGGCUCAGGCUGCAGCUUGCUCUUCUUGAUCGGGAAUUUGAUGAUUUAGAUUAUGAUACUUUGAGAGCACUAGACUCUGAUAAUAGUCCUGAAGUUCCUUCUAUGAGUGAGGAAGAGAUCAAUGCUCUUCCUGUUCACAAAUACAAAGCUCAAUUGCAUCAAGGCUCUUCUUCUGUACCAAAAAGCAAUGGAACUUCUGGACAACAAGGAACAUCAUACUCUGUUGCCUUGACUGAGAAGCGACUAGAUAAUAACAAACCUGAUGGAAAUAUAAAAGCACCAGAGGAUGAACUAACAUGCAGUGUUUGCUUGGAGCAAGUUAAUGUUGGUGAACUUGUAAGAAGCUUGCCUUGUUUGCAUCAGUUCCACUCCAACUGCAUCGAUCCCUGGCUGCGGCAACGAGGAACAUGCCCCGUCUGUAAAUAUAAGGUGAGUUCUGGGUGGCAGGACAGGGAGACCGGGGAACCGGAUGCUUCCUACAUGGUUUAGACUUGAAAAUUUAAUGUCACCUUUUAUGGUGCAAAACCAAUACUAGACAAUAUAUAUGUUCAAGCCACCCUUCAUGUGAAACAAACGUACAUCAAUGUAAAGUUUUAACUAACAGUGGCAUAUUUUGUGGUAUUUCGUACAGUUAUCAACUAUAUACUAUGAAUUUGUUA